AUGCAACGACCAAUCACUCAAUUCAUAGUUAUUAAACCUAAGAAAGAUGGAGAUAAAAGUAUUGGACAAGAAAUUAAGGAAAAACAAGAGAGAGAAUUUAAAUUAUUCAAACAAAAAGAACGAGAAAAAAUGCGAAUUGAAUUACAAAAAGAAAAAAAUAAAAUGGAAGUAGAAGAAAAGAAAAUUGAUUCAUAUCAACGAUUAAUUGAAUUUAAAAAAAUCAAAGAACAAAAGCAAAGAGCUUUUGGAGUUGGUUGUUCAAUUACCAAAGAUAUUUAUUUAGGAUCAGUAGAAAGUAGUAAUAAUCAGGCAUGGCUAGAUAGUGAAUGUAUUAAUGUAAUUAUUAAUUGUACUUGUGAGUGUAGUAAUGAAGAAGAAGAAGGAAGAGAAUAUUAUAGGUUGCCAAUUAGUAAAUACCAUAAUACAAUUAAUCCUUUUGUAAAAGAGGUUUGUGCCUUGAUCAACUUAGCUCAUUCCAAAGGAGAAAAGGUUCUUAUUCAUUCAUUUGAUGGAAGAAAUAGAGCUCCUGCAUUAUUAAUUGCUUAUUUGAUUCAAAAUAAUAAAAUGAGUUUUAUAAAUGCAUUUAAUAUGGUUAAAACAAAAGCAUGGACUUUUGAAUUAUCUAUGGUAUUGGUCGGUGAAUUGAAUGCCCUUUCAAGUCAAUUAGGAUUAACUUCUAUUAGUGGUAUGACUGCUUCUCAAUUCAAACAAGACCCAAUCACCCGUCGUGCAUUAGAAGAUGCAGAAGUAGAAAUAGCUGAUAGAAAAAAGAAAUGGGAAUUUUCUCAUAAUGUAAUUGACUAA